GCAAGUCUGGAUGAAGCGAACAACUGGCGCAUCAGUGACUUGCCCCGGCUUGAACAAUUGAUGUUCGCCGCAGAGAAGGACUUGGCGCAUGUGAAGGAACAACUACGGACGUAUAUCUCGGACAUACGGGAUACCGAGUCUCAGUUGCUGAAGGGUAGUACGAGAAAAGAGGAGAUCAUACGAUUUAGCAAGAUGUCUAAAGAUCCGGAAUUCGCCCGCAUGCUCAAGGCCCGCACUCUAGGCCCGGAACAUCUAGAGGUUCAGAGUCAAUUACGAAGGGAGAUUAGAGCUGUUCGCGAGAGGCUUCAGCAGCUCGAGGGGCACAUGCAAGAAGCUAAGAAGAAACUCGCACACAUGAAGUCGGGCAAAGCCGCGCUAAGACCUCCUUCCUUGUCGCUGAUCAACAACACCUGCAACCAUUUGGAGGAAGCUAUUGACCAGAACGAGGAUGCAAUUGAGGAACUCUCUGAGCGUACAGCUCACCUCAGCCUAGAACUGGCUCCGCGUAGGUCCAAGUGGGAUCAGAGAAUCACAGACGAGGAUAUCAAGCGACACGUGGAGGCGACCCCCAAUUUCGCCGUGUCUACCGCUGCCGCCUUGAACGCCGAGGUGUCGGCGAAUAAGCUGAAACGCGCUCUUGCUGCCCGCAAGGAGCCUUUGCUGAACACUCAGGCCGCCUCGAAGAUGCCUGUCGCACAGGAUUACGUCUUGCCGGAAGUGAAGGAAGAGCCCCAGACGUCCGAUGCCCUGUGCCAAGAGGUUCGCACUUUUUUGACGAAGUCGAUGGUUCUAGGUGCACCGAACGAUGCCUUCGCCUCGAGUAGUGAGGAGUAUUCCUCUCCUGCUGCUGGACAUAGACGAUCGAAGGGUGGGAAAUUCCACCAGAAGCCCAUACAGCUGAAGAAGUCCGGAUCGCCUACGCCGCCCCCCGUUUCCAGCUUCAACUGGGGACCAUUGCCUAGUGUAACGCCGCCGCCACCACCGAAGGCUCUGCCCUUCGAUCUGCGAAACCUCAGUAUCUCGCCUAGCGCUUCUCCUAGUCCGCCGUCGUUAUCCGCCUCUUGGGUGACGGAUGGCUUCAACGUCAAGAAGGAAGGGGUUUGA